UUUCUCUCCAGAAGGAGUUGAAGCACAGAAUUCCCCACCAUGGAUUUCCAGCAUCGCCCUGGAGGUAAAACUGGCAGUGGAGGUGUAGCCUCUGCUUCGGAGAGCAACCGUGACCGACGGGAGAGGCUGCGGCAGCUGGCGCUGGAGACCAUCGACAUCAACAAGGAUCCCUAUUUUAUGAAAAAUCACUUGGGCUCCUACGAGUGCAAACUUUGCCUGACACUGCAUAACAAUGAGGGGAGUUACUUAGCACAUACCCAGGGGAAGAAGCAUCAGACCAAUUUGGCCCGGCGAGCUGCCAAGGAAGCCAAGGAAGCUCCUGCCCAGCCUGCACCAGAGAAGGUCAAGGUGGAAGUGAAGAAAUUCGUGAAAAUUGGGCGUCCAGGUUACAAAGUGACCAAACAGAGAGAUCCAGAAACAGGCCAGCAAAGCCUCCUCUUCCAGAUCGAUUACCCUGAGAUUGCUGAGACCAUCAUGCCCCGACACCGGUUCAUGUCAGCCUACGAGCAGAGGAUUGAGCCCCCCGACAGGCGCUGGCAGUACCUCCUCAUGGCAGCAGAGCCCUAUGAGACUAUCGCUUUCAAGGUGCCAAGCAGAGAAAUUGACAAAGCAGAAGGAAAAUUUUGGACUCACUGGAACAGGGAAACCAAACAGUUCUUCCUUCAGUUCCACUUCAAGAUGGAGAAG